CGCAGGCACAGUCGUGCUCGCACUCGGAUUCGGCAUUCAGACAACAAAAAUUGUGUAUUUCAACGACCAGUUUCUCGCACAUCUGUAAACAUCAAAUAUAGUUGUUUUUAUUUUCAAUUGGUGCUUAGAUUUCGUGCUAUAAUCCAGCCCACCUAUUUACAGAUAAUUGUAGUUAUUUAUACAAAGUAAACGGCUUUAUGCGAUCAGGCGGCUAGGCCUCGCCUGGCCUGCAGUGUCUCGGCGCGAUCAUGCAUCCCACCUGGGGCGGUUAUGGAGCAGGACACCAGCCUCCUCCUCCUCAUUUCGGCCCGCGGCCUCAUCAGUUCAGAGGAGCUCAGCCUCCAUCAGCAGCAGCAGUACCAUCACCACCACCACCAGUAGUUGGAGGUUUUGGGGGAUAUGGAGCCCCAUCAAUUACAGCGUCAUCCAAUUUCUCUAGUUUGCAAGAGCAGCAUUUACAACAGAUGCAACAGUUGCAGCAGCUGCAUAAGAAGCAACUCCAGUCUGUGCUGCAUCACCCCGGCGGUGGUAGCGGUGCAGGAUUCGGCGGCGGUGGGGCUCCUCCAUACUGGCAGACAGGUAGUGCCGCCGCACCACCCAACAAUUUUCAAGAUCCAUCAUCCGUAAGAGGUCCGGCUUGCCCGCCUCAGCCCGCGCCGCAAGAGGUGAAGCCCCCACCCCCCGAGCCUUCAUCAUCAUCAUCUCCUGCAACGAAGACACCAGCUCCAGUUCCAAAGGUUAGCGAAGCCAGUACGUCGGAGGCGCAUGAAAAGCCCGACUUUUCGUCGAUGUCUCAGCAGGAGCAACAGGACUAUUGGUACCAGCAGCACCUUCAAAAUUUGCUGAAGCUGAAAAAUGACAAGGCGAAGCAGAAUCAGAUUUCAGAUAACUCGUCUAAUGGAAACUACCAGAAUCCUGUUCCACCACCCCCAACUGAGCCCCCCAAGAGCGCCCCUCCACCCCCACUUCCUAAAGAGGAGCCGCCUCCUCCCCCACCACCUGAGGAAGCAAAACCCAGUGGCAUCGGUGAUACAGGAGACCCUGCCGAAGCAGCACGUCUUCAACAGCUGCAGGCAGCAGCUGCCCAUUGGCAGCAGGUGCAGCAUCAGAGGGCAAGCUUUCAGUACCAGGCACUGAUGCAAGAACAUGGUCAACUACAGCAGGUCCUGCAACAAUACCAACAAGUUAUUCAGCAGCCAGCGCAUCUCCAGACAAUGCCCAUGGACAUGCAGUUGCAACACUAUGAAAUGCAACAACAGCGGUUUGUUCCAUUGUUCCAAGAAUGGGAGAGACACUUUAAUUUGUGGUUAGAACAGUUUCAGUCUUACCCACACAAAGACCAGCUACAGGAUUAUGAAGCCCAGUGGAGGCAAUGGCAGGAGCAAAUGAAUUCAACUUCAGCUCAUUUGCAAGAGAGAGUUACGACUCUAAGAGCCAUGCAGCAUCAGUAUGGUACUGGUCCUUCCUAUGGAGGCAUGAUGGGGCCAUAUGGGCAGCAAAGACUCCCUGGACCAGAUGGAAACAUGCAUUUAAACAGCCAAGGGGUUCCAUCUAUGCCUCCGCCAGUUAACAUGAAUGCCAUGUCAGGACCUUCCCCACAGGGUCCUCCACCUUCUGGACCAGUUAUUCCACAAAGGCCAUCACCUUCAAAUGCUGCAGAACCCUACCCAUCUUCUGGUCCAGAUUCUGUCUCUGAAAUAUGUAAAACAGCUGGACCAUCCGGACCAGGGGUUAGACCUCCUGGAUAUCGUGGAAGAUUCGAUGGCCCAAGAUUUGAAGGUCCCAGAGGCCCACGUUUUGAACAGCCGCCACAGCAACGGUUUAGUGGACCACCUAGAUUUGACAACAGUCAGCGAUUCAGCCAACCUCCAAGAGGUAAUCCUCCGUGGCCAGGGGCUCCAGCAAGACUUGAGAAUCCUCCUGUGCAGAAUCCACCCACAUGCUUUGAAAGACCCCCUGCACCACCACCACCAUCACAACAACCAGGCUUUGGUCCGCUAUCCAGUCUUGGCACUGGCAAUCAAACAUCUAAACCUGAUGCUCCAUCUUGUCCUCCAUCUCAAAUAGAUCCAGAAAAAGACAAACUGCCCCAAGAUCAAAUCAACAAAAAAGAUGGUGCUGCUUCUGCUCACUCACUCUCAGAUGACAUAUUGGACUCGGGGGAUGGAUUUUUUAUUCAUAGUGGACCCAUUCCUCAAACUCAAGAUAAUAAACCUGAGAUUGCCACUGCAGAGACUAGUAAGCAGAAUAAGAUGACAGCAGAUUCUAGUAAAACAGCAUUGCCUAUGAAACCGAACAGCAACAUUAAAAACUCUCCAAAUUCUGGCUCACAGCCUCCUAAAACUGGUCAAAUUACUAAUGGGCCACCACAACAAACAAAGCCGCCUCCACGUGAGCAGUUUAACCCUGAUACACCAAAGGAAGUUCCUAGGGGCCCACAGGUGAAUCAGAAAGGUCCGCCACAUGCCACACGAGGGAGGGGAAGAGGCCAAGGACCAGUGCCUCUCCGAGGCAGGGGACGUGGACGUGGUCGAGGACAGUACGGAGGGCAAAUGGCUGAUCCCAUCUGCCAAAGAGAAAAUUCGGAGGAUGUUUUCUAUGAGAAUAAAGCACCAGAUGACAAAAGUCACCAAGAUUUGGACUGGAGAGAUCCUUCUUUAGAUGAGUCUGGAGAAAUGGAUGACCAGGGAGCACCCCAUGAGAUGUGGCAUCCAGAGGAGCAUCACUUCCCAGAAGAGCACUAUGAAAAACCUGGAAUGCAAAGACCUCCAAUGGGUCACAUGGAACACCCAGAGAGUACCCAUCCAGAAGAACCCUGGGAAGAAGAACAACAGGAUUACUGGGAAGAAGAUCCAUACUGGGCAGAGAGAAGACCUCCUUUGCAUGCUAGACCUCCUUUUCCUUCAGAUGGCCCUAGAAGACCCCCUUUCCAACCUCGAUUCAUGCCUCAUGGCCCAAGACGCCCCCCUCCUCCAGGGAGUAUGGACCCUCAUGGACCUCCACACAUGGUUCGUGGGGGUUUGGUUCCUCGAUUCAGACGUGGUGGCGGCCCAUGGGGACCACCACCACGUCAUGACAUGAGACAGCCACCUCCCGCUCAUGAAUUCUUGAAUAGGGAACCAGGAUAUGAAGAGGAAAUGGACAGAGAACCUGGAUGGCCACAUCCCCAUUUAAGAGAACCUAGACAUCCUCCUUUACCUCCCCAUGAAAUAAUGGAGAGAGAUAUAAGAAGACCACCCAUGAGGCCACCAAUCCCAAGGGACAGGUGGCGUCGACCACUACCCCAUGAAGAAGAAGUGUUUGAAGAGGAACACCCUUAUGGUUCAGAGGAUGAUGGAUACAGAAGACCAGCUCAUGAAUAUCAUCCAGAUUAUGAGCUAGACGAUGAAUAUUACCAUUCUCGGGAGGAAUGGGGCAGGGAGAAUCCUGAGCAAGACUAUCCACCACAUGUCCCCCCAGAGCACAUUAGAAAGGAUCGUUGGGGAGAGCAAAGAGAAAGAUCAUUCGUAUAUGAGGAAGAGGAUCGGUAUAGAGAUGAACAAAGAGGACCUUACCCUGAUGGUCCACCUUAUCGAGAACGAGAUAGGGAGCCUCCAUAUCACGCUCGGCCUGAUUGGGAAAGGCCCACACCAGAGAGGGAUUAUUCCCAUCCAGUUGGUGAUACAGAGCCCCAUUAUGAAAGAAACCCUGAGCCCCUACCUGGCCUGGCUCCACCUCAAGCAUCAGAAACCCCACUUGAACAAUCUUCACCUGGUGCCACUAAAACUGUUCUUGCUCUUUCUCAAAGGCAACAUGAGAUCAUCCUCAAAGCUGCUCAGGAGCUGAAAAUGAUAAGAGAGCUGCAGGAAACUAAGAAGGCUUUGGGAGAAACUGCCAACCCAGACUCAACUGGGUUGCUUUCAGAACAUCCCCCUGGAAUACUUGGAUUAGAAAUUCCACAGGAUAAAAGUGCUCUUCAAGCUACCAAUUUAUUGUCAGAAACAGAGCAGAAUGUUCCUGUUCAACCAUUGGAAGCUGGUUUUUGCCAUUUAAAUCAAACUUCAGACUUCUUUCAUACUUCCACUGCACCUGCCCCUACACCCUCAUUCAUUGCUAAAACAGUGGAUUAUGGACAUGGUCGUGAUGGAGGCACAACUGUGGAAAGGAUUUCGUAUGGAGAGAGGAUGGUGUUAAGACCUGGCCCAGUGCCAUCUGAGCGACCUUACGAGAAAGAGAUGCUUGGCCGAGACCCGUACUUUGACAGAAGACAUGACCCAUAUGGUGUACCCAGAGAUUAUGACAGGGAAUGGGAGAGAGAUCCAUACAGGGAGAAGCCACCUCUGGAUUAUGAAAGAGAGCGAUAUGAAAGGGACCAUUACCUACGUGAUGAACGCCCUCCACUUGGGCCUCGUCCAGGAUACAGGGAUAGAGAAAGGGAUCACCCAAGCCGCUCAAGCAGGGAUCGAGAGGAUUAUAACCGUCCAGGCUAUGACAGGUCUUCAUAUGAAAGAAGUCUUGACCAUGGAUCCUCUGGCUAUGGAAGUGAUCGUAGGACCUAUCCAGAUGAGCGCCCCCCUCCAAAUGCAUCGCUGCCCCCUCCUACACCUGUUGCCCCUCCACGGGUGGAAAAGAAACCAGAGACAAAGAAUGCAGAGGACAUCCUCAAACCCCCAGGACGAGCAACCAGACCUGACAGGAUUGUGGUCAUUAUGCGUGGACUACCGGGAAGUGGCAAAAGUCAUGUUGCAAAACUUAUUAGGGAUAAAGAGGUUGAGUGUGGUGGUGCACCACCUAGAGUUCUUGGUCUUGAUGAUUAUUUCAUGACUGAAGUGGAAAAAGUCGAGAAGGACCCUGAUACUGGGAAGCGUGUCAAGAACAAGGUGCUUGAAUAUGAAUAUGAACCGGAGAUGGAAGAUACAUAUCGAAGCAGCAUGUUGAAAACCUUCAAGAAAACUCUGGAUGAUGGAUUUUUCCCCUUCAUAAUCCUGGAUGCCAUCAAUGAUAGAGUGAAGUACUUUGAUCAGUUCUGGAGUGCUGCCAAGACAAAAGGGUUUGAGGUGUACUUGGCUGAAAUCACUGCUGAUCAUCAAACAUGUGCAAAGAGAAACAUACAUGGGCGGACACUGAAGGAUAUUACAAAGCUGGCCAAUGGUUGGGAGUCUGCACCACCACAUAUGGUACGGCUAGAUAUCCGAUCUCUACUGCAGGACGCUGCUAUUGAAGAUGUGGAGAUGGAAGAUUUCAACCCAUCUGAGGAAGAACUGAAAGCUGAAUUGAGAAAGGAUGAGGAGGAUGAGACAGAUCUGGGAUACCUUCCGAAAAGCAAAUGGGAGAUGGACACUUCAGAAGCAAAACUCGACAAAUUGGACGGUUUGGCAGGUGGAGGCAAGAGAAAGCGCAACACUAUGUCCGGCAUGGAGGACUUUCUUCAGCUGCCUGAUGACUAUGCCAGUCGAAUGUCUGAACCUGGAAAAAAGAGGGUGCGCUGGGCUGAUCUGGAGGAGCAGAAGGAUGCAGAUAGAAAGCGCGCGAUUGGUUUUGUAGUCGGUCAAACCGACUGGGAGAAAAUCACAGACGAGAGCGGCCAGAUCGCUCAGAGAGCUCUCAACCGCACAAAGUAUUUUUAGGAGAUUUUGUAAAGACUUUGUUAGUAUAGCAUUUAAGGUGAGUUUCUAGUUUCUUAACUUUCUGGGUAGCCAAAGUCAGUGAACUAUUAUAGAUAUUCUUUAUAUGGAUAGACAGAGACAUUGACAGUGUACUUUCCUAUGAGUAUUCUGCAAAAUGUUAGAACAUGAUUUGAAACGUCAUGCUCAUGAUAACAUGUACAUAAGUAUUCACAGCCUUUGCCAUGACACUCAAAUUGAGCUCAGAUGUAUCCUGUUUCCACUGAUAAUCCUUGAUGUUUCUACAACUUGAUUGGAGUCCAACUGUGGUAAAUUCAAUUGAUUGGACAUGAUUUGGAAAGGCGCACACCUGUUUAUAUAAGGUCCCACAGUUAACAGUGCAUGUCAGAGCACAAACCAAGCCAUGAAGUUCAAGGAAUUGUCUGUAAACCUCCGAGACAGGAUUGUAUACAGGCACAGAUCUGGGGAAAGGUACAGAAAAAAUUCUGCAGCAUUGAAGGUCCCAAUGAGCACAGUGACCUCCAUCCAAAAAUGGAAGAAGUUUGGAACCACCAGGACUCUUCCUAGAGCUGGCCGCCCGGCCAAACUGAGCGAUCGUGGGAGGAAGGGCCUUAGUCAGGGAGGUGACCAAGAACCCAAUGGUCACUCUGACAGAGCUCCAGCAAUUCUCUGUGGAGAGAGGAGAUCCUUCCAGAAGAACAACCAUCUCUGCAGCACUCCACCAAUAAGGCCUGUAUGGUAGAGUGGCCAGACGGAAGCCACUCCUUAGUAAAAGGCACAUGACAGCCCACCUGGAGUUUGCCAAAAGGCACCUGAAGAACAUGACUCUCAGACCAUGAGAAACAAAAUUCUCUGGUCUGAUGAAACAAAGAUUGAACUCUUUGGCCUGAAUUGCAAGUAUCAUGUCUGGAGGAAACCCCUCAUCACCUGACCAAUACCAUUCCUACAGUGAAGCAUGGGGGUAGCAGCAUCAUGCUGUGGGGCUGUUUUUCAGCGGCAGGAACUGGGAGACUAGUCAGGAUCGAGGGAAAGAUGAAUGUAGCAAUGAACAGAGAUAUCCUUGAUGAAAACCUGCUCCAGAGUGCGCUGGACCUCAGACUGGGGUGAAGGUUCAUCUUCCAACAGGACAACGACCCUAAGCACACGGGGUAACUCUGUGAAUGUCUGGCCCAGCCACAGCCCAGACUUGAACCCAAUUGAAAAGGCUGUGCACCGACGCUCCCCAUCCAACCUGAUGGAGCUUGAGAGGUCCAGCAAAGAAGAAUGGGAGAAACUGGCCAAAAAUAGGUGUGCCAAGCUUGUAGCAUCAUACACAAAAAGACUUGAGGCUGUAAUUGCUGCCAAAGGUGAUUCAACAAAGAAUUGAGCAAAGGCUGUGAAUACUUAAGUACAUGUGAUUUAUUUUUUUUUUUUCCUCACUCCAUGAUGUAAUUAUGGGGUUUUGUUUAAUCCAUUUUGGAAUAAGGCGGUAACAUGACAAAAUGUGGAAAAAGUGAAGCACUGUGAAUACUUUCUGGAUGCACUGUAACUCAUGUAAUUAUGGGUGCAGAAACGAAACCCAUUUAUUGCAGUUAUUUUCAUAAGCAAAAAAAAAAAAGCUCUUCAGUUAUGUACAGUAUUAGUAACUAACUUUUUUUUUUUUCUU